AUGACGACAGCAGCGUUCAACUACAUGGACCCGUCUUCAUACGACCCCAAUGCAACAGAGGCGUUCAAAAAGCCCUGGAGCAAAGUCGACGGGCCCGGGCAAUCCUACAAGCUUACCAGCUACCAGCGUUCCGUGGAGAAUAUCCGAGGCCGCGAGUCUGAAUUCUCCAUAGACAACGCGGGGUUCGCCGUGUACAACGAACUAGCAAAAGAGGCUGCUUUCACAGACGAGACCAAAGUAAAGAAGGGAUACUACAGCGAAGUAGAAGAUCUCCUUCGAAAGAAACUUCCGGGAGUGAAAAAAGUCGUCAUUUUCGACCAUACCAUCAGACGCCGAACUCCGGGAUCGGCACGUGCCCCGGUCCAGCAGGUACACGUCGACCAAACUCCCCGCGCGGCAGAAGUGCGUGUGCGUCGUCAUGUACCAGAAAAUGAAGCGGAAGAGCUGUUGAAGGGUCGAUAUCAGAUUAUCAAUGUCUGGCGACCGAUCGAGAACCCGGCGUCUGAUUUCCCUCUGGCUGUUAUCGAUUGGCGGAGUACCGAUCCUUCUGACUAUGUGAAAGUCGACCUCUUAUAUCCGAAGGGAGAGGAAUCCAGGGAAGUGGCGCCUAAUCCUGAGUCAGCAUUUUCGACAGAUGGGUAUGAGGUCAAGGGAGAGACAUAUGGUGUGGCUCCGAAUGAUAACCAUCGAUUUUUCUAUGCCAAGGAUAUGACGCCUGAGGAGGUUAUGUUGAUCAAGUGCUUUGAUUCGCGGAGUCAUACGAUGACUGGUGGGAAGACGGAUAUCGCCCAUGCUACGUGCCAUACUGCUUUCGUUGAUCCGCAGACCCCAGCGGGAGCCCCCGGGCGGCAGAGCAUUGAGCCAUUCAAGAUGGGAACUACCGAGUCAUCCCAACAUAAAACUUGGACAAAAGAACCAUACCUCAUCUCAACCGACCCAUCACUAAUCCCAAUCCCAACACUAAACACUUGGUUCGCAACCGAAGAAGUCUACUGGGCCAAACCCAUGCCCGAAGAUGCCAUGCGAGCAACACUUCAAAAUUCCCUCUGUUUUGGCUUGUAUCACUGUCCCAACAAAGAUUCAAAUGGAACAAAGGAUUCUAAAGCCGAAAAAUUGGAGUUCAUCGGUAUUGCAAGAUGCAUCACAGACACCACGACAUUCAUCUACCUAACAGACGUCUUCAUUCUACCCACGUAUCAGGGCAGUGGACUUGGCAAAUGGCUUGUGAGCUGCGUUCAAGAGGUCAUUGAGACUAUGCCGUAUUUGAGGAGGUCGCUUCUCUUCACGGGCGAUUGGAAACGCUCUGUGCCGUUUUAUGAGAGAACUAUGGGGGUCGAUGUGGUUGAAUUUUAG